AAAGAAGAAGAAGAAGCUUCGGAGGAUCAGGGUUCUUGAUAAUUAGAUUAUUUUUCACAACCAUUUCGAACGAUGUCACAGCCUCCUCCUAAACCUUGGGAGAGACGGAUUCCUGGAGCAGUUAAUGCACCUCUGCACUAUCGUUCCACAGACUUUGGACAUGGGUCACCUACGCCGAUAGGUCCGUCCACUUCAGUCCCCCCUGGUCUGACACGGGUCGCACCUCCGUUGCCGCCAAGACCUGUCCAGCAGUCCUACCGCCCAACUUUCGGCUCCUAUCCAUCAUCUUACGGCCACUAUGGUACCUCCAUGUAUGGUGGCUACAGUCCAUACGGCUAUGGAGGGUAUGGAAUGAGUGGAGGUGCUCUGGGUUACAGUCGCUUUGGCAUGGAGGAGACACAGCCUAGCCGCUUCGUCCAACAGGCGGAGGAGAGUAGCCGCGGGGCCUUUCAGUCGAUCGAGAGUAUAGUCCACGCCUUCUCAUCUGUGAGUAUGAUGAUGGACGCCACCUUUUCAGCUGUAUACAACAGUUUCCGUGCUGUACUGGAUGUAGCCAACCACUUUUCCCGACUGCGAGCACACUUUGCCAAAGUACUGUCAGCCUUUGCGCUGGUGCGCACGUUGCGCUACUUGUACCGUCGACUACAGAGGCUUCUAGGACUACGACGCGACGCAGAGGUGGAGGAUCUUUGGGCCGACAGUGAGGCCACAUCUACUAUUGCCCUUUCAUCAGGUGGAGCAAGGAGUGAACCUCGGGGCGACUCAGUGAAGUCGUGGCCCAUCUUCCUGUUCUUUGCAGUGGUCCUUGGAGGCCCUUACCUGAUCUGGAGGCUUCUACGGUCUGCCGAGGGGGCAGAGGAAACAGCCACCAACUGGGCGAAUGGAGAGGAUGACCAUGUUGUGGCCCGAGCAGAGUUUGACUUCACAGCUGCCUCUGAGGAGGAGCUCUCCUUUCAGACUGGAGACAUGCUCAACCUUGCACCCAAAGAGCAACAGCCUCGAAUUCGUGGCUGGUUGCUGGCCAGCUUGGAUGGCCAGAUCACAGGCCUGGUCCCUGCCAACUACGUGAAGGUCCUUGGCAAGAGGAGGGGUAGGAGGCAUGCGGAGCUGGAGAGGCUGGCUCAGCAGCAACAGCAGGCCCCCCAGCCAGGUCUGGCCUCUGCCACUGGCACCAACCCCACCACGGUGCUGCCGCAAACUUGCCCGGAAGAGAUGUUGGAGUCAGUAUUCCGGGAAACGCCGGCCCCGUGUGCCCCUGCCUCAGUAGUCAUGAUGUCAGAAAAGAUGGAUCUGCUGUAGGAACGUGUGGUUGUGUGUGCUUAGUGUGCGGAAUGCACUAUAGAAUGUAUUGGAAGCCCUGUGUGUGGUUUCACUUCAUUCCCUGUCGCCAGAUCAGGUGACUUGUGUUCCCGUGUCCAUGUCCUAGUAGUGGGAGUGGGAGAAUCCAACUGUAUGUGGCUGCACUGCAACGUAGUUAGGCCCCUCACUGAUGCUGGUACAUGACACAGUCCCACAACCAUGCUUUAUUGCCCAGUGAACAUUAUCUACAGAAACAAACGUGUAUUCAAUGACAAUUAUUUUAUGCGUUUGUCGUUUUAUAUACGGCUGUGAUUAACAUUGCGGUCAUGAUAUUGUGGAAGCAUACAAUUAGUCAGAACAAAGCCAUAACAUGUCAAAUCAUUAUGUGCCCUCAUAACACAUGUUCAGUUAUCGGGUUUGUUGAUCAAGUAAGCAAGGAAGGAGAUGUUAAUGUUCUUUUGCUUGUUAUGAAAUAGUUGAAAACAUCAUUAACGUGUACCCCUGGUCAUAAAUAAGGAAUGUUCCAAGAAUUCCGUUGUUAAUACUGCAACAGCCUCAUAUUGUGUAGGUCUACUCUAUGAUAUUUCAAGGGCGUACUGUGGAACCACAUUAUGUGUACCAGUUUAGAUUGAUGGCUUUUCUUGCUAACCCAUUUGAGUGUGAUGUAUGAGUAAAACCAUUUUAUGCUUUUACAUCCCUUCAUUUUGAAUCCUUCCUGAAAAUAUGCACUUUUUUUCUGCAGUUAUUUCAUUUUUGCCUGUUAAUUCUUCUUGAUACAUUUACAACUAUCUAAUUAUGUACAUAUUAGCCAAUAUUUUGGGAAUAAAAAUGUCCAUAAUCUA